AAGAUCCUAUGUCCAAGUGUUGAAAGAACAGUAUACAAUUCAGAAUACGGAGAAUUCCAUCAAAAUCGUGAAGUAAACUUCAUAGAAAAGAGGAAUCGUCAAACAUUCAAACUAACUCCCCAACAAAGUCUUCGUGACAUUCCUUGCUUCAUGAACCACCCCAUAGUGCACAGAAUCACACCAUAUGAGUUAGAAGCCAUAGUAGAAGAAGAUCGUAAAAAUGGUUGGAAAAUAUUUCCUGCCAAGAGCUUAACAAGCGAGUGGGAACCUAUGAGUAUGAUAGAUGGUGUUAAAUCAAAUGUUCAAAUAAUUGCAUAUCGUUCACUGCUGUUUGCGAGUUACGACACCAAUGGAAAAUGUGUUGCUGUGAGUGCCUUGAAUGGAUACACUAUAACCCUAGGAUGGAGAAGUGAUUGUGACUUCUAUGGUCCUAACCUCAAUCACUUACAGGCCCAUAUGAUCGCUCAUGCUAAAGAGGCUCAUAAGAAAUCCCAAAAGAUUAACUGUGAUCUGUACUUCUGUGUGAAUAUCCCCCUGAGCAUAUCACUAGAAAACCUGAAUGUUUUUGCAGAAAAAGAACUUGGAUGGGAAAGGUCUUCUGUAUUAGGGAAUGUUUAUUUUAGUGCAGUAGAAAAAGUCUUCAAACAAGCUAAACUAUGAAAUACUUCUUGAGGCCAACUCUGCUUAUUUUAAGAAUUCCUG